AUUACAAAGCUUCUAUAAGUAAACCGCGAAUCCUUCACUCUGUUCUAUUCUCGACCGUCGAAAGAUGCCAGAUAACGAGUCCUCUUCUACCUCCACUCAAUCUGUCCAGCCUCGGAAGCGGAGGGCCACACAAGCAUGCACUGAAUGUGGUCGACGUCGUGUCAAAUGUGACGGAACAUCAAUGCCGAAUGGGAUCUGUUCAAAUUGUAUCAGCUUGCAGAUAGACUGUACCUAUACUUUAGAAAAGAAGAAACGCGGUCCCAAAGUCGGAUCCAAACGGCGACCUCCGUCUGAAAUUGCAACGCUUAUCUACACUAUACUGGCUGCUCCUCAGAGCUUUGCCCUUCCGCCAGAUCCUCAGUCCACUCGUAACAUGCUGAUAGAUCUCGCAGCUUAUGCACGAACUUUAGACGACAAGCUUUAUAGGACCCCUUCUCCUCUAAGCGCCACCUCCAGAGCUUCGUCAUUACCCACAUCUCAUGAAGCUUUACACGAAGAUAUCGAAAGUUGCGACAGCCGUAAUGAUAUGGAAUAUUUAGCUACCCGCAUACAUGGCCUUUCGCUCGAUUCCAGUGGUGUGUCUAAAUUCAAUCAAGUGAAACUACUACAAACGGCACUGGAUAUCCGCGACGAGAUGUACGGCGCAGACACCAACACCAUAGUUCUACAGAAACGUCCAGAAUUCUGGGAACAGGCUCCGUGGAAUGCCGACGAAGAACCGUCGUUCAUCUUUCCAGAAGAUGAUCUUUUACGAGACCUUGUUUCUCUUUACUUCUCGCGACUACAUUACCUUUAUCCUCUCUUCCACCAGCCCACGUUCGAAAUACAUGUGUUCCAAGAGAAGCUACAUUUAAGAAAUCGAAUGUUCGGCGCGACUCUCCUCGCUGUCUGCGCCAAUGCUUCACGACAUUCCAGUGACCCUCGAAAUUUGUACGAAAACGCCCAAUCAGAACACUCGUCAGGAUGGAAAUAUUUCAAACAAAUUCAGUUUCUUCGAUUGACGUACCUGCAACCCAUGACGUUGUUCGAGAUACAACUCUAUGCAUUAUCGCUGCUCUUCAUGUUUCCAGCAUCCAACGGAGAAGGUUCAUGGCCGUGGGAUAUGUGCAGGCCGUGUAUACAGCUAGCACAGGAGGUCAUGUCGAAUAUUCAGCGACAGUCAAACCAAUUGCAUCGCGAUAAUGUGGAAUGCGAACUCUGGAGACGGGCUUAUUGGGUGCUCACCGUUUUUGAUCUUUCCAGAGGCAUUUUCACCGGUCGAAUAAGAGAGAUGAUGCCUGAACAGCUCGAUCUUGAAUUUCCUAUGGAUUGCGAUGAUGAUUAUUGGUUCAAUGAUAAUCCUGAACUUCGUUUCGUACAACCCCCCGACAAACCUUCUUAUCUUUCGUACUGGCGGCACCUCCUCACCCUGUUAGUCGCUUCUGCACGCGCACGUCGUAAAGGUAAUGCAGAAAAUCUUACUCCGGAACAAAUGUUACAACGACGAACAGCAUAUCUCAACAAUUGGAUUGCUACCGUGCCAAGUCAUCUCCAGUGGGAUCCCCAUAACCCCGAUACGAUUUUCUUCCACCAAUCUCUCAUGCUUCAAUAUACUCAUAGUAGAAUUCUGAUACAAAACCAUAAAGCUUUGCUUCGGCCUGGACAUAUGAAUUUCUCUUCGCUUUCCAUGUGCGCUAAUGCUGCAAGAUCGUAUCUUCACAUUAUCGAAGUACAGCAUCAGCGUUCCGAUUGCUUCCUACUCCCGAAUUUGAUACAUCAAGUGUUUAUGUGCGGAGUGAUAUUGUUGAUUAAUCUUUGGAAGAGGACGUGGAUGAACUCGAUGCCAGACCAGCAGAAAGAGACAGCCGAGGUAUAUACAUGCUUGCAGUAUUUAUCACUCUAUGAGCGCAGGCACGAGUCAGCAGGGCGUCUCUAUGAUGUUUUAUCAACCAUGAUAUCUGCUAGUGGAAUUCCUUCGCCCUCCGGAGCACCUUCUUUAAAGCGCUCCCGAAGUUAUGAAGAGCUGGAAUCAAGUGGAUGGCAAGAUGGCAUUGAAGAUAGUGAUUCAUACUAUAGUCAUAGUCGUCGCAUCAGAUCACCAAAUUCCAACCCAUCGAUCCAAAGUACUUUCACUUCGUAUAUGCCGCUUAUCGACCAUACGCACAACGAUCGAGUCUGGGAUCAAUCUGUCGUUGCUUCUCCGAACAAUGAACCAUUAGUCUCCCCGAGCGCGAAGGCUGAGGAAGAUUGGACUUCGUUCAUGGGUAUGGUGGACGAAAUGCUACAGGCGGUUCAUUCUUACCCCCAAAACUCUUGAUUAUCUUUUCCUUCCAUUGGAUGUCUACGUUCACAAACGAUUAUAUGUACCAUUUGUACGUCCACGAUUUUUCGUUGAUUUCUUUACAUGCGCGGUCCUAUUCUUACAGUUAAAAUAGAUGUACUUAUUAAUGUGUAUAUGUAUAAGCAAAAUGUAAUCUCUUCACACCCGGCCUCGAAUUGAAC